GCUAGGCUUUCGUGACUGACGUUCGAGAAGCUUUGAUCGUUGAUGCCUCUCCUCUCCAUCAAUGUUUCUUGUGACGGCAACAGUUCUUUGGAUCUUUGCACAAUAAUACAGCAUCAUCAUGACCUCUCUACCUCUUCUUCUGUUAGUUGGUACUGCAUGUAACCUGCUGGUGCUGUUUCCUUCACCAGUUGUUGGCUUUGUGGCGCCUCCAAUUCUAUCACUGCCGACGAAAAGUUGGUCGCUUUUUGUGACGUCGGGAGGAACGCGAAAAUCAUCCUCCGAUUCUUCUACCGGACCCAAAUGGAAGGAAAAGGUUGCGGCCAAGCGUCCCUUUUUGGGACAUGUCGUUCCCAAAACCAGUACCACUCGCAAAUAUCGGGAAGAAGGAUCCUCCAAAGGCGGUCGAGAAUUGCGACCUCAAGGCUACAAGACGGAUGGACAUCCCCGUAAAAGCAAGGGAGCGCCACCUCUGAGAAUUCUAGGAGGAACCUUUCGAGGACGCAAGCUACGCAGUCCUCAAGUCCAUUUGCGUCCCAUGAUGGGUAAAGUGAGAGAAGCCUGCUAUUCCACACUGACGUACUGGGAACUCUACAAACCAAGUGCGGCAUCCACAGCACUCUGUCGUCAUUUGGAUAUUUUUGCCGGAUCCGGAUCGGUGGGGCUGGAAUCGCUCAGUCGAGGAGCCACGCAUUGUACCUUUGUCGAUCUCGCACAGGAUUGUUGUGACACGAUACAGGCAAACCUAGACAUGUGUGGGGUACAAGACAAGGCACAAGUUGUGCAGGCAGAUGCCUUGGAACUCUUGCAAGACCCCAUGACCGCAUUGCAGAAAGCAGGAAUUUCGACUACCAAUGUGGUCGAAGAAAAUCCGCUCUUGCUCCCCUACCAACUGGUCACGUUGUGUCCUCCCUACGAAGAAGUCGUAUAUGGAGACUUGAUUGACGCCGUUUGCAAUUCACCCUUGGUCACGGAUGAUACCAUUGUGCUCAUUGAAUAUCCCAUCGAAUUGGGAUGUCUCCCGCAUGUCUACGACUUGAAAUCGGGUGGCAAAAUGAUUGGGCUCCGCAAUCGAAAAUAUGGACGAACCGUCGUGGCCUUUUACAUUAUUAAUCCAACGGGAAAAUUGGAAUGCGCCGAUAGUCGACCCGAAGAGUUUGUCAGUCUGUAAAAUUACCGUCUGUAUACACCCACAGGGUUGAAGAUUUCAAGGCAGAACAUGGACAACAGCAAGAACAUGCUUCUAGCCAGCCAAGUAUAGACUGUACCGUUCGAGGCACAGUUAGAUGAAAGGGCUGAUGAAUGAAUAAAAGCGUGCGGAAAGUCCAGUUACCCUGGGGAAUGCAUCCCAAAGCAAAGCUCCUGCGAGCGAGGGUCCUCCGAUUUCUCUUUUCUGGCAUUGAUUCAUUCUCACUGGUACAAAGGAUUGAUUGCACACACACGCCUUUUCUAGUGUGACAGCAUCGAUGAGGCACACGUCCAAAUUUUAUAAUCACAACAGUUUAAACUACUCGCUAGUACCUACUAACAAGUUAGACGCGGGUUU